AUGGGGGAUCAAAAGAAACCAAUUAACAAAAAACAUAGUAAUGGAAAGCAAAUUGUUAAUGAUCCUCGUUUUCAAUCUGUUCAUUCAGAUCCCAGAUUUUCGAAAGUUCGCCGUGGCAAUUUGAAAGUUAAAGUUGAUGAACGUUUCAAAUCAUUGAAGGAAGACAAAGAUUUUAAAACUACAGCUAGUGUAGAUAAAUACGGAAGAAAGUUAGACCAAGACAAAUCGGCGAAGGAAAUUGAAAAACUGUAUGAUGUUGAGGAUAAGGAAUCCUCUUCUGAAGAAUCUGAACCCGAAAAUGAAAACGAAAAGAAAGUCAGUGAAGAAGACUUAAAAGCCGAAGAAGAAGAAGAGGAGUCAGAAGAAGAAGAAAGUUCAGAAGAAGAAGACGAAGACGAAGAGCCUGUGUUUGAUCCAGCUCGCGGUGAAGGUCUCGUAAGCACUUCUGAGAGUGAUGAGAGUGAUGAAGAAAGUGAGGCUGAAGCUCAGCCAGAAGUUACUGAGCUUGCUGGGCUAGAAACUGAAGACCGUAUUCCUCGCGGUACCGAGACUAGCAGACUGGCCGUCGUAAAUAUGGAUUGGGAUAACAUUCAAGCAGUUGAUCUGUUCGCAGCGCUCUCUUCUUUUUGUCCUCCUUCUGGAAAGCUGAAAAAGGUCUCUAUUUAUCCCAGUGAAUUUGGUAAACAACGACUUAGUGUUGAGCACGUUCAAGGCCCUCCUCGUGAAAUUUUUACCCCAAAAAGCGGGAACUCUUCCUCGAAUGAUCUUCAAGAAGCUCAAGAAUAUGGGUUCGACGAAAAAGAAGAAUCUGAAUCUGACGACGAUCAAGCAGCUUUGGUCGAAGAGGAUUUGGGUGCUGAAUUCGACAUGGUUAAACUACGUCAAUAUCAAUUAGAAAGACUUCGCUAUUUUUACGCAGUCGUUGAAUGUGACAAAGUUCGUACCGCGAAAGCUAUAUACGAUGCUUGUGAUGGUGCUGAGUUUGAAACUACAGCAAACAUAUAUGAUUUGCGUUUCAUUCCUGAUGACGUUAGCUUUGAAGAAGAUGAGCCCAGAGAAGUUUGUACAAAGAUUCCUGAGAAGUAUGAACCUCGUGAAUUUGUGACUGAUGCUCUACAGCAUUCUAAAGUAAAACUUUCCUGGGAUGCAGAUGACCCAAACCGGAAAAAUCUCAUUAAAAAAGCAUUUACAUCUCAAGACCUUGAAGAUUUGGAUUUUAGCGCCUAUGUUGCAUCUAGCGAAUCGGAGGAUGAAGAUGUCGAUGAGUUGCGCACGCGUUAUCAAAAAUUGCUAAAUGGAGAUGGAGGUGAUGAAGCUGAACGUAAUCCGUUUGAAGAGCCAGGCAAGCCAGAAGGCCUAAAUGGUGAUAUGGAGGUGACAUUUACCUCUGGGUUAGAUGAAAAAGAAGAUAAAGGGGGUGAAGAAGAUGAAACCACCAUAGAAAAAUACAAACGCAAAGCUGCUGAAAGGAAACAACGAAGGAAAGAAUUAAGAAAAGUCAGGCAAGAGGAAGUGAAUGGAGAAAAGGAAGAAGAUUUAGGUUUUGAUGAUCCUUUCUUCCAAGGUAAAGGUUCUGUAAAGAAUGGUAAGAAGAAAUCCGCAAAACCAACCGAAGUUGAGGAAGAUCCCAGUUCUGCAACAAAGGAGGAACUUGAAGCUAUUGUUAAAGAAGAUGCGAAUGACUCUGAGCACCUAGAUCACUUUGACAUGAAGAGUAUCUUGAAAGCCGAGAAAAGCAAAAAGGGACGUAAGCAGAAGAAGAAGGCUGCUGAACUGGAAGGCUUGCAAGAAGGCUUUGAGGUUAAUGUCUCAGAUCCUCGAUUUGAAGCGUUAUAUUCCAAUCACAACUUUGCUAUGGAUCCUACAAAUCCUCACUUCAAGAAGACAAAGACAACAGAAAAGAUCCUUGGUGAAGGAUUAAAACGUCGUGGACAUCUUUUGGAACAAGCAGAGGAAGGAAAAGUUGAAAAGAAUGUUAAGAAGCGUGGUUCCGUGAAGCAAGAUAAAGGCGAGGAUCUUAACAGAAUAGUCCAAUCCAUUAAAAGAGCAAAAAAGAGUCUGAAGAUGAAGAUUUUGGGUUUUCAAGUGAAUAGACAGUUAUAA